AUGUGCUGUGCAUCAUACACAGGAGGGGCGGGUGGGGGAGGAGGGCCGAGUGGAGGAGGCAAAUUAGAGGCGCAAGGGCACGUUCGAGUCGCCUCUGAAAGAGGCGGGGCUCCCACCCACUCCCAGAUGAGCAGGGGCACCGCCAGAGCGGGCGGGGCAGCGGUGCAGCAGGAGAGGGUGGAGGCGCUCAAGGCGCUGCGCCAGCUGCUCUCGGCCAAUCACAGCCCGCCACUUGGCGCUGCCGUGCGCUGCGGCGCUGUCCCCCUGCUGGCGGAGUGCCUGGCGUUUGGAGCUUCGGAGGAGCAGCUCCUGGAAGCAGCGUGGUGUGUGACCAACAUAGCAUCAGGCGAGGCGGAGGAGACGCGUGCCGUGCUGCCCUGCGCUGCUCUGCUCAUCGCCCACUGCACUGACUCCCCGUCGCCAGCAAUAGCCGAGCAGUGUGUGUGGGCGGUGGGCAACAUAGCAGCAGAGGCAGACGACCUGCGAGCACACCUGCUAGAUCAAGGCGCCCUGCCCGCCCUCACGCGCCUCCUGCUCGCUGCUGCUGCUGCUGCCCUCUCCUCUGGAGGCAGCUCAGGGGGGCGAUGGUUGACGGCACAGGCGCCAGCAGCCAUGGCAUCGCUGGCCAAGACGGUGGCGUGGGCGCUCUCGUCCCUCAUCAAGGUGAGUACUUGUUGGGAUGGGUGGGUGGGCUGUCGGAUGGGCUCGCCUGUACCUCUCUCUCAUCUCACAGCUGCUGGAUCAGGGCGCCCUCCCCGCCCUCACCCGCCUCCUACCCGCCUCACCCGCCAGCAGCCAUGGCAUCACUGGCCAAGAGACGGUGGCGUGGGCUGUGUCAUCCCUUAUCAAGGUGAGUGGGGCGUUGGGUGGGCAGCGGAAGCAGACGACUUGAGAGCACAGCUGCUGGAUCAGGGCGCCCUCCCCGCCCCCACGCGCCUGCUGCUCGCUGCUGCCAGUGCCACAGGCGGUGCCUCUGGGGGCAACACAGGGGGGCGAUGGCUAACAGCGCAGGCACCAGCAGCCAUGGCAUCGCUGGCCAAGACGGUGGCGUGGGCGCUCUCUUCCCUCAUCAAGGUGAAAGCAGACGACCUGCGAGCACACCUGCUGGACCAGGGCGCCCUGCCCGCCAUGGCAUCGCUGGCCAAGACUGUGGCGUGGGCGCUCUCUUCUCUUAUUAAGGGCCCCAGCCCCCGAGCAGCCGUUGAUCUGGUGAAAUCGGACGGUGUGGAUGCAGCGAUUGUGGCCCUCCUAUCGUCAGGCAAUGCAGAGGCGGCAGUGGAGGCAGCAUGGGUAGCAGCGUACGUGACAGCGCUGUCAGACGCGAGUGCAGAGAGGCUCGUCGCUGCUGGGCUGGUAGAGGCCCUCGUGCCGCUGCUCUCCUCCACCACUGACGCCGCCCUGCUCACUCCUGUGGUGCGGGCCAUUGGCAACCUGACAGCAGGAGAUUCCAGCAGAACCACUCGCCUGCUGACAGCUGGCACGCCCUUCCAAGCCCAGCCCGUCCCUGCCCCGGCCCUGCCGGGCGUGGUGGCAGCAGCAGCGGCGGGGCCGGGGCUGUCGGGACUGGCAGAGUGCCUUGAGAACAAACACCAUGGGCUGAAGAAGGAGACGGCAUGGGCGGUGUCCAACGUGACAGCUGGCGACAGCUGGCACAAGGCGGCUGUGAUUGGUGGAGAUGCAAUGGUGAUGGGAGAAGCAGGCGAGGCAUCGAGGCUAUACGAGCUGCUAGUGCACUUGCUCCGCACGGCGCCCUUUGACAUCAAGAGAGAGGUCGCCUUUGCUCUCGCGAAUCUCUGUGUGGAUCCUGGGGAGCAAGAGCCAUUGGGGGAGCGCCACGUGGCGGUCCAGCAGUCGCGCGUGGCAGCGCUAGUGGACGCGGGGUGCCUGCCGGCCUUCCUCUCCCUCAUACGCUCCGCUGAUGCCGACGCCGUGCGGCUUGGCCUGCAAUUCGCUGAAGUGGUUCUGCGUGUACUACCAGACAAAAGAGGCCCCCGGCUAGUGGAGGAGGCGGACGGCAUAGAUGCGAUAGAAGCAGCUCAGUUUGUAGGCAAUGAAGAGCUACACUCCAUGUCAAGCUAUCUUGUCGACACAUACUUUGGGGAAGACUACGGGCUGGAAGAGGGAGGCCCUUGUCUUCUUCGCACUGGAAUGGAGCCGUCGCCAGAGGAUCCUUACGCUCCUCGAGGCAUUGCGAAACUCUCCAAUUCCAAGUCCUACGACCGAUGGCUCCUCGACCCGCAGAAGCCAUUAAAGGGGCUACAGCAUCCGCCACCCAACCGCAUGGGUCAAUGGGCGGCAAUCGCCGUCGCUUCCCUGCUCUUCUCUCUCGUCCUACUCAAUCCGACAGUUGUUGACGACGCUCUCUCAAUCAUGAUGAGGCCAAUCAACCCCAGCCACGUGGACGCCUUUACACGAGGACUGGCGACGCUUCAAUGGUGGGAGGACCAAUACCCCCCUCCGCUAUCGCCGCCGGAAAGCGCGGAGCUUAAGGAGCAACAACCAGGACAUAUUCUAUGGAAGACAUUUAGAAUAACGCGGGUCGCGGCAUUCAACGUCGAGAGAAGAAUCAUCAAGCAGACCAAGCAGGCGGGCUUUCAACUCGUCCCGCUCGCCGCGCCGCCGCCUCUUAGAGACCUAACGUGGGAUGACCUUUACGCGGACAGGUUCGACGAAGACUCAAACGCGCAGUGUCCGAAGCUGCCGCUGCCCGAAUGGUCGCAGGAUCUUCGCACGGUCGACGCGAUGGUCGCACACAUGCCGUGCCAGCCCGUGAAUGGGUCGUUCGCGAGGGACGUGAGAUGGCACCAGCUGGUGCUUGCUGUCGCCGAGUAUAUCAAGCAGUCCGCGCGCCCUUGGAUGCCCGUGGUCGUUCUCUCCGACUGCCGCCCGCCGCCCAACCUCUUCCAUUGCAACCGGCUCGUGCACCGCGACGGGCCCGUCUGGCUGUUUAACUUGACAGUCGCCGACAUGCGCCGCCGGCUGCAGCCCGUCGGGAACUGCGCGCUCGCCACCCCGGAACCCCAGCUGCUGCCCGGUCAGCUGCCAGAUCAACAGCCGGCCGCUGCGCGCCGAGUCGCGUACGCUACAGUGCUGCACAGCAAGGAGGACUACGUGUGCGGAGCAAUCGCGCUGGCGAACAGCCUCCGGCGGAGCGGUACGCGCGCGGAGCUGGUGGCGCUGGUCUCCGCGGAGAUCGGGAACUUCAGCCGCGGAGGCCUAGAGGCGGCGGGGUGGCGGCUGAUUGACAUUGAGAGGAUUCGCAAUCCGUACGGACGCCCGGGCACGUACAACCAGUGGAACUACAGCAAGCUCCGCUUGUGGCAGCUGACGGAAUAUGCAAAGGUGGUGUUCGUGGACGCGGAUAUCCUCGUUUUAAGAAACAUGGACCACCUGUUCGAGUACCCCGAGCUGUCGGCGCGCAGCAACAGCCGGCGCUUCUUCAACUCGGGCGUGAUGGUGAUCGAGCCGUCGCAGUGUACAUUCGAGCUCAUGAUGGAAAACAUCGAGCUGAUUCAGUCCUACAACGGCGGUGAUCAGGGGUUCGUGAACGACGUGUUUUACUGGUGGCACCGCCUGCCCAAGUCCAUCAACACGCUCAAAUACAUCAACGCGGACGACGGCCCCAAGCGUGACCUCGAAACCGAAACCCUAGAUUCGCUCCUCGCGUCCGACCCGCCUACCAUCCACGCGCUUCAUUUCCUGGGCAAGAAGCCUUGGCGGUGUUAUCGCGACUUCGACUGUAACAUUGUUAUGCACACGCACCGACGUUUUGUGCAUCACGGCGCGCAUAAGUUGUGGUUUACGCUGCACGAUUCGAUGCCUGAGGAGCUACAGGAGCACUGUCUUCCUAAGAAUAACGACAAGGCUGGUAUCGAGUACAGGAUGGAGCUGCUCAUGGAGGAGAAUCAGCCCCCUGAGCUGUGGAAUUUCACGCUUACGGAUCCGAGGAGGGAGAUGACGACACUCACAUCCUCCUUCGCAGGUGUGCGCCAGCAAUCAGCCACGGCUGCAUUCGGCGUCAGAUCUACUGCUCGCACUGUCGCGUUCUUCAAGCUCGGUGGAGAGAGCGCUAAGAGCGCUGGCAUCUUUGCAAGCCAACUUCGUGAUGACUAUGACGCUGACGACGUUGCCCACUACUUCAACUACUCCGGCAUGCUCGCUGCCGAGGGAACGUACGAGAAGAUGGAGAAGAUGAUCGAGUCCGGCACGCACGCGUGCGACAUUCUGCUCAUGAUGGCUGCGUCGGAAGGCGACGUGCGGAAGAUCGAGGAGCUGCUGUACGCCGGUGCGCGGUGCGACGUGCCCGACUGGGAGGGACGGACGGCCCUGGACCGCGCGUGCAAUGACGAGAUCAGGGAGAUGAUUCAAAAGGGUGCUCUCACUGAUGCCAUCUAA